GCCCCGGGAUGAUGGGCAAGAGCUCGCGGGUCAUGAAUCAGGGUGUUCUGCAUCGUCGUGGUGGUGGUGGUGGUGAUGGUGGUGGCUCCGCCGCGAGAGGAUGGGAGGGCGAUGAUGGGGACGUCAUGCUGCCGCCGCGCACAUGCGAGGCCGAAGUCCUGGGCAUCAUCGGGUACGGCGGCGUGGGCAAGAAGGUUGAAAUGCUGGCCAAGGCAUUGGGGAUGAAGGUCCUGAUCUCGGGGAGGAAGGGCGGCGGCGACGAUACAGCCGCAGCAGCAACCACCACCACCACCUCUCCUCCUCCUCAUACUCCAGGCCAGCAGCCAGAGCGGACCCCCUUCACGACCUUGCUGCGCACGGCGUCAGUGGUGGUCCUCUGCUGCCCGCGCUCCCCCGAGACCAUCAACCUCAUCUCGGCGCCCGAGCUCGCCCUCAUGCCCCCUCACGCGCUGCUCAUCAACGUCUCGCGGGGAGGCGUGGUCGACGAGCCCGCCCUGCUCGAGGCCCUGCAGGCCAAACGCAUCGCGGGCGCCGCGACCGACGUCUUCCUCACGGAGCCGGCCACCCCGGACAACAGCGUGCUGCUGCUGGGUGAGGACAAGACCCGGGAUUUGAAUCUGCUCACGACGCCCCACGUCGCGUGGUACGCGGAGGAGACGAUCAAGGCGUACAAUAGGGCGCUGCAGGAUAAUCUGCGGGGGUGGCUGGGGAAGGAGGGGAGGCCCAAGUACCCUGUCGUCUGGUAUGGGAAAGACUCGGCGGAGCAGGAGUGAGCUGAGCUUGGGGUUAGGCAAGAGAGAGAGGAAGCAUAGCGACUUCUGACUGGAAAGGGCAGGCGAUGGAGAACAGAAGGCUAGCGGGAAACGUCAGCAUUCAAGUACCUAGCAUGCAUGAUUCGUGUGUUGUGGUAGAGCCACGGCCUCAACAGUGGUUUACAAAGGCUUCGGAAGACACAAAGAACCAUCCGGGCACACAAGACAAGGGGUGCUAAAAAUAGAGUUGGCGCCAAGAAUUGCCCGAUGCAAGGUACAAUAACCUUCUCGGGUUUUAGACAAUAUGGCCAUGAUCAUCGUAUCUAUUGUUUCUCUUUUAUUUUAUUUUAUUUCGUUCUUGGCUCUUCCUUUGUUCUUG